CCCCCUCCUCAGCUUGCACCAGAAUUGAGAAGCUAGCCAAACCAGAAUAGCCUCCCCCUCCCCUUCCCCGAAACUCUUUCUUUCGAUCGCAGAUGACGAACCAGAAUGUGGUGGUGCCGGAAUCGAUGAGCAUGGCGGUGGCCGCCGUGUCCAAUCCAACGCCGAUAUUUCCCUAUCUGCCGCCGAAGAUCGCGGGCGGAUUCGGCAUCAGACGAAAGUGCCUACGUCAGCUCGAUCUUGCUGAAGACGACGGUAAUGGUAGGAUCAAUGUAUGGAUCGAAACCAUGAAAGCCUCUUCACCGACGCACAAGUCGGCGGAGACUAUUGGCGUCCCGCCAUCCAUCGCCGAGCAGAACGAGCAUUCGACCUGGAUGAUGAGCCACCCAUCGGCGCUGAGCAUGUUCGAUGAGAUCACGAGAGCGUCGAAGGGGAAACAGGUCGUGAUGUUUCUUGAUUAUGAUGGCACGCUUUCGCCUAUCGUCGAUGAUCCCGACCGCGCUUUCAUGUCCGAUGAGAUGAGAGAUGCGGUAAGGGAUGUGUCUCGGUAUUUCCCGACGGCAAUUGUGAGUGGAAGGUGCCGCAACAAGGUCUACAACUUUGUGAGAUUGGCAGAGCUGUACUAUGCUGGUAGCCAUGGCAUGGACAUCAAAGUUCCAGCUAAGGGUCCCAGUUUCAAGAAAGCUAACGGAAAAGCCGUUCUGUUUCAACCAGCUAGUAAGUUCUUCCCGAUGAUAGAUAAGCUUUAUAGAACCUUGCUGGAAGCGACCAAAUCUACCCCUGGGGCCAAAGUGGAGAACAACAAGUUCUGCGUGUCGGUCCACUUUAGAUGUGUGGAUGAAAAGAGAUGGAGAGCUUUAGCCGAUCUCGUGAAAUCAGUGAUGAAAGAGUACCCAAAGCUGCGGCUAACUGCGGGAAGAAAGGUGCUAGAGAUUCGCCCCAUUAUUAAAUGGGACAAAGGGAGGGCCAUGGAGUUCUUGUUGGAGUCUCUUGGAUUCGCGGACUGCAAGGACGUGUUUCCUGUUUAUAUUGGUGAUGAUCUCACAGACGAAGAUGCUUUCAAGGUGUUGAGAAAUAGAGGGCAAGGCUUUGGUAUACUGGUUUCUAAAAUUCCUAAGGAGACAAGCGCCUCUUAUUCUCUCCAAGAGCCAUCUGAGGUUAUGGAAUUCUUGCAACGGCUAGUGGUGUGGAAGAGGCUUACCUUGAAGUCUUGUACAACGGUUUAGAUUAGAUAAAAUAUGUGCCCUACACCACCCAUGAAAGGCAACCAUGGGAUUUCUUGGUGAGCAAAAUGCAUGUAUUUCGUCUUGGAAGGAAGAAAAAUGAAACCUUUUGUACUUCUUUUUUUUCUUUCCUCCCUUCCCUCUACCUUUUGGAUCUUUGUUGGGCAUCAAAGCAUUGUAAGCUAGCUUUCUUGCCCCCUCCACAAGGAGCUAAGUAUUUGUAAUUAUUUCCAUGUACAAUGAAAAAGUAAGUAAUAGCAAUUGUUCUUUUGGUU